AUGGAGAGGAGGGAAAAGCCAAAAGACGAGCGUGUAGACGCUCCCAGCGCCUUGAAUCCAAUUGGCAAUCCAGCGUUACCGGGAAAUACAUCAUCUGGGGGUCAGAACUGGGCUACGUACAUGACAACUGAAUUCAACACCACGCUUACUCUGGCGUACAUCUUUGCCCGAUCAGCGUCGGUGGUGGAUGCGGAGAUAAUACCAUCGAGAAGCAAGUCGUCGUUUUCGUUUGCGCAGCAGAUCGUUCAUUUCCAGGAUGCUAUCGGCCAUCGUCCUCAUUACGCGGCGUGGACUGAGAAGAACAUUGUCGCGACAGUUUGGUUCGGGUUCAACGACUUGUCUGUCGUGUCGCACAAGAGAGGCCAGGCCGCUGUAUUGGCGGCUGCAAACCGACGUAUCUUUGAGCUGUCUCAGAUACUUUACGAUACCGGAAUUCGCAAUUUUGUCUUUCUGGAGGUCCCACCUAAGGAAUUGUUUCCCUCGCAUCAAGCACACAAGAACAACGACACGCAUCAUAGUUAUGAGAUGGUGUCUUACGCUGUGAAUCGGUGGAAUAGCCUUCUUAGGCAAAACACUGUUCGCUUCCGGAAGUCCCAUCCGGACGCAAAAGUCACUUACGUAGAGAUAUGGGACAUAUUCUAUGAGGCUUUCCUGAGGCCACAGGAUCUGGGUGCACCUAACUCGACUUGCGUCGAUCCAAGCGGCAAAGUCUGUCUCUGGGCCAAUACGGCUCAUCCUGGAGAGAGGAUUCAUCAGCUCAUCGGUGCUAGAGUAGCUGAGAAGGCCUGGGGGUAA